GUUUUCCUCAACGGCCGCAGCCUCAGCUGCUUGGUGUGUCCGCAGUCUACGGUUUCCUGCUUCGAACAGAAACACCCCUUGCAACGCCACAUGACCUACGAUGAGCUGCUCGGAAAGUAUGCCCGAAAGAUUAAUUGUGAUCAGUACGAUGCAAUCGGUAUCUACACCUGCCCACAUUGCGGCCUAGAACGUCUUACCAUCGACGCACUGUACGACCAUUUACGUGGAACCUAUCUCCCUGGUAAUACUGGGCCAUCCGAAUCACGUCUAGUGGUGCUCUGUCCCGUGUGUGUUUCCUUUCGAUUAGACGGAUACACAACCGACGUGCGAGACACGGCGGGCCUGGUGGAGCAUAUGCUCAGAAGACACUGUUUUAGCAGCACCACCCAGUACAGCGACGAAUUUAAACUUCGUACUGAUUUCUGCAACGACGAUGAAUUUGAGCUGAUCCGCUUCCUGGCCACAUUUCUCCCUCCUAGCAUAAUAACGGCACAAUCAGCACGGAACGAUGACGAGCUGAGCAAGGUCACGCAGUUAAACAAAAAUCAAAUGCAUCAGCUGGUGGUCUGUCCCAUAUGCUUGGAGGAUAUUGAAAACGAUGAAAGUAAGGAUUUACCGCUAUGUCAUCAUCAAUUUCACGGGCCGUGCAUAGAACGGUGGCUAGUGGAAAGAAAAUGCUGUCCGAUCUGUAGAUGCGAUUGUACGGCGCCGUGAUAUUGAAUAAGGUAGCGUAGAAAAUUGCGGACCAUUUCUAUUAGUAAGCCCAAGUUCUACAAGAACAAAAAAUCAUAGGUUGGUAUAUAAUUAACAUUCGUACGCUUUAGAACCAAGUGUUUUUAUAAAGUAUGACAAAUAUAUAUUGGU